AUGGAGUCGCCUGAGGGAAACGGGUCCGGAGGGGACUUCGCCGUGCCCAGCUCGCCCCGGGGCUCCCCGGCCGUGCCCGGGCCCACGCGCCUCCGCGCCUUCCUCUGGUGCCGGGAGUUCCUGGCCGGCGCUUGGCGCUGCCUGGCGGCGCCCGAAGACCUCGGCAUCGUCCCCGUCAGGUGAGCCCCGCCCCCACCGCCGUAAUGCGCCCAAGAGCCGCGCCGAGUGACGUCAGCCUCGCUCCACUCGCCGCUGCUGCCGUAGAGCGUGGAAUAGCGGCGCACCAGCUUUCCAGGCCUGGGCUUCCCUUCCCCGAGGAGGGAGCGGGGUUCGAAUCUCGCCCGUGAACCAACCUCGCAGGGUUGCUAUGUCUGUGUGUGUGGGGGGGGUGAAAUGGGGCUAGAAUCUCAGGCUAGCCAACCUCGCAGGGCUGGCGUGGGGGUGAAAUGGGCAGUGUGGCGCAGUGGUUAGAGCGCUGGACCAGGACCUGGGAGAGAGCAGGGCUUGAUGCCAUGGACCUUGGGGGCCGGGCACCAUCUCUACCAGCCUAGCCUACCAGGAAGGGUUGGCAUGGGGUGAAAUGGGGAGGGGAGGCAGUGUGGUGCAAUGGUUAGAGCGCUGGACCAGGACCUGGGAGGGAGCUGGGCUUGAUGCCAUGAACCUUGGGAGCCAGGCACCACCUCUCCCAGCCUAGCCUACCUGGAAGGGUUGGCGUGGGGGUUCAAACGAAGACUAGGAUCUGGGGGAAAGCACAGUUCCAAGUUUUGCCUCUCUGCCAUAGGUUGGCCUUGGGGGCAGGUCACUGCCCCUCAGCCUGACCUACCUGGCAGGGCUGUUGUGGGAGAGGUUAAAUGGGGAGGAGAGGCAGUGCGGUGUAAUGGUUAGAGUGUCAGAAUAGAACCUCAGAAAGAUCAGGGUUCGAAUCCCCCUGCAACUGUGCCAUGAAGCUCCCUGUGAGGGCCAGUCGCUGUCUUCCGUCAGCCUGACCUACCUCACAGGGUUGUUGUGUGGUUUUGCAAACUUGCUUCCCCCUGCUCAGGUGAGUAGGACCCAACCAGUGGCUUCAAGUUCCAAGAAACGAGACUCUAAAUACACCUGGAAGAAGAAACCUUCUGCUGGCAAGAGCUGUUCGGAAGUGGGAUCUCGCUGCAGGCUUUUUAAGCGGAGGUUGGGUGGCUGAUUUGCCAGGGAUUCUCAAACAGAGCCAUCCAACCUCCUUCCCAGGAAGGAGAGCCCAGGAUCUCCAGAGGGCGCCCGUUCCUUUGUCAAACAUCUCUUGCCGCCCAGAAAGCUCUUCCUGAUGUUGAGUCUCCUAUCUUGUAACUUGAAUCUCCUAUCUUGUAACUUGAAGCCGUUGCUCCUUGUAACCUUGCUCCAUCUUCCACGUCACAGCCCUUCAGAUAUUUGAAGCCAUAGGCACUUGCAAUUACGUCUCUGUAUAUAUAGAGAGAUAUAAAUCCCCCUGGCCUGCUUCUUUAAUGUUUUAAUGUUGUACUUUAAUCUUGUUUUUUAAGUUGUAUUUCAAUCAACUUGUUUUUAUUAUCAGUUGUUAGCUGCCCUGAGCCCGGUCUUGGCUGGGGAGGGCGGGGUAUAAAUAAAAUUUAUUAUAUUAUUAUUAUUAUUCUUUGCUUCUUCUGCUGCUGCUUUUGCAGCUGGACAGCUCAGCUCUCCGGAAAAUGAGUCACUUCUUCCUUGCAGGCUCUGCGGCUUUCCUGCCCCCAGAGGAGGAGGGGUGUGGCUCAGUUGUUCCUUUCUCCUGUAGGAUGUGUCACAGCAGGCCCACGAGUCACCGUCUCCUUCUCAAGGCAUUCCAGGAACGCUUCCCACACUGCCAGAGCCCUGCCCAGCACAGAGCAUGGCUGGGGUGGGUGCUACCAGUGAGAUUGGCAAACAACAGGGCAGUGAAGGAGGGCAGAACAUCUGGGGAGCAGCUAAAAUUGGCAUUUUGUUGACUGCACAGUGGAGACAACCUUUCCUUUUCCCCCUUUUUAUUUUAUUUUAUGAACAUAGAAAACAUAUACAUUUACACAACACACUACCUAAUUUUCAUAGCAUAAAACAUAAGGAUCUGAGCCCAGGAGCAACUCUCCCCUAAUGUGUCUUCCAGCAACUGGGAUUCAGAAACAUUGCCUCCUCCAGCUGUAGAGGCAGUGAUGAGCCACUGUGUCAAGCAGUCACUGGUAAUGUUCUCCCAGUGCCCUACCCACAACUGGGGCAGUCGAGCCUGCAGCUGUCAUUUUUAAUAUACAGUGGGUGCAUCUGUGCGUGUGCGGUUUGCGAUUUGGCACUUCUGCGCAUGCGCAAAGGACGAUUUAGCGCUUCUGCGUAUACACAACCGCCGAAACCCGGAAGUAACCCGUUUUGGUACUUCCAGGUUUCGGCGGUCUGCAACCCAAAAAAAUGCAACCUGAAGCAUCUGUAACCCGAGGUAUGACUGUAUCUGACUUUUAGAAGACAUCUGAAGGCAGCCCUGUUUAGGGUCGUUUUUAAUGUUUGAUGUUUUAUUGUGUUUUUAAUAUUCUGUUAGGAGCUGCCCAGAGUGGCUGGAGAGGUCUGGCCAGAUGGGCAAGGUAGAAGUAAUAAAUUACUACUACUACUACUACUGGUUUUUUGUUGGGGCAUCUUCAGUCUCCACCUGCCCUCCCCGUUUCUGACUCUUCCUCCCCUCCUGGGUUGUGCUUUCUCCACAGCGGGGGGCUGAGCAACCUCCUCUACAAGUGCACCCUCCCCGAUCACAUUGUGACUGCGGAAGAUGAGCCACGCCAAGUUCUGCUGCGUAUCUAUGGAGUCAUCCUCCAGGUGAGAUCUUCUGGUCCUGGUGCUCUGGGUUCCCAACCCCUUGGCAUGGCCUUCUCUGUGCUGGCUCCCCAGGGGCUGAAGAGGAACUGAUGUAGCACUGACAGCACCUUGCGGGAAACUUUAGUGAAGAGCAGGGAGGUGUCUAAAUCCAGCCCUGCCCCUCCCGCUGCGCUCCGGAGGCUUCGGGUUGCCUUCACUGAAGCCUGGAGAGUGAGAGGGGUCAGUACGCACCAACCCCUCUCGCUCUUCAGGCUUCCGACGUAGCCGCCUGAAGCCUCCAGAGUGCAGCAGGAACUCCCGCUGCGCUCCGGAGGCUUCAGGUUGUGGAUUUUGAAGAGGAUUAGAUAGAUUCCUGGAGGAGGAGAGGGCUAUCAAUGGCCACCGGCCAGGAUGGCUCUGUUAUGCCAUCCACAGCAGGAGGAAGGAAAGCUUCUGAAUCCCAGUUACUUAAAACCGCAGGAAUGGAAAGUGCUGCUCUGGGUGCUUGAAUCCGGCUUGCAGGUUUUCCCAAAGAGGCAUCUGGUCAGCCACUGUGAGAACAGGAUGCUGGACUCGAUGGGCCGUUGGCUUGAUCCAGCAGGCUCUUCUUCUGUUCUUAGGCCACUUCAGGGUCUCGUUUGUGGCCAGCCUGAUCUCGAAUCCUUUUUGUCUUCUCUGUCCCUCUGGGGUUUGGAGGCCCCACAAUUCUUUUGCCUUCCCUGCUGUGGCCGUUUGACUGUCAAAUGACUGUCAGGGUCCCUUCCAACUCUACACUUCUAUGAUUUGCACGUCUUUCUCUGCCCGGGCUGUGCAACACCCUCUUUCUUCGGGGGGGGGGGGGGGUGGCGGCAAGGGCAGAAUCUGACCCCAUCGCCUUUCUCUCUCCCGCAGGGGGUCGACUCGCUGGUUCUCGAGAGCGUCAUGUUUGCCAUCCUGGCUGAGCGGAUGCUGGGACCGCGACUCUACGGCAUCUUCCCCCAGGGGCGCCUGGAGGAAUAUAUCCCGGUGGGUUGUUGGCUGUGCCCUGGAUCAGCGGUUCCCAUAGUGGGUGGGAUUAACUGAGGGGCUGGCAGAAGGAAUAUGGGAGGUGUAAAUGGCUUUCAGACUUGGAAAAGAUGGAUCAAGUUCAUCAGGUUUGUAGGAAUGAAUUAAACUAAAUCAGGCUUCCUCAAAAUCGGCCCUCCAGAUGUUUUUGGCCUACAACCCCAUGAUCCCUAGCUAGCAGGACCAGUGGUCAGGGAUGAUGGGAAUUGUAGUCUCAAAACAUCCGGAGGGCCGAGUUUGAGGAAGCCUGAACUAAAUAGUUUUAAUUGGGCUUUGAAUAAAUGCAAUUAAUGGUUUCCACUUUGAAUUUCAUAAUAAUAAUAAUAAUAAUUUUAUUUAUAUCCCACCCUCCCCAUCCAAAGCAGGGCUCAGAGCGGCUAACAACAAUAAAAAUAACACAGUUUACAUAAAAUCACAAUCAAUUAAUUGAAAUACAUUCUAAAUUCAUUCUAAAAUCAAUUCAGAGUCAAAUUAAUGGCAACCAUUGGGCUAGAGUUCUAUGAGGAUUACAGAAGGAGGGGGUCAGACUGCAUCUUGGCCAAAGGCCUGGUGGAACGGCUCCAUCUUGCAGGCCCUGCGGAAAGAUGUCAAGUCCCGCAGGGCCCUAGUCUCUUGUUCCACCAGAUUGGGGCCACGGCUGAAAAAGCCCUGGCUCUGGUUGAGGCCAGCCUAACCUCCCUGUGGCCCGGGACCUCCAAGGUGUUUUUGUUUGAGGACUGUAAGGUCCUCCGUGGGACGUACCAGGAGAGGCAGUCCCGUAGGUACGAGGGUCCUAGGCCGUAUAGGGCUUUAAAGGUUAAAACCAGCACCUUAAACCUGAUCCUGUACUCCACCAGGAGCCAGUGUCAUAUUAUCUUCCUUAAUGGGUUGUGCAGGCUGCUAUUCUAAGCAAUGCUUUGUACAGGGUGGCUGUCCAGUGUUCUCACCGCAGCAGCCCUGUGAGGUAGGCUAGUCCGCUUGUGGUUGUUGCCAACAUGCCCUCCUUCAUUUUCUGCCGUGGUUUAGUGGCCCCAGACACGCACACACAACUUUCCUCCCCCCGUGAUACGGACUCUCAAUAGAUGUUUUCUUGCCUGCUGUUUCUGCGCUCUGUUGCGCAGGGGUCCCCACACCUCUGGGGCAGGUGCCCACGGAGCUAUUCCUCACAGUGGGAAUUGGCUUCCGUUGGGUGGGAGAGGAAGAGGCUCUCAUGCCGCCUGUGUCUCUUCCCCGCAGAGCCGCCGCCUGACCACGGAGGACUUGCCCGACCCCAGCAUCUCGGGGGAGAUCGCCAUGAAGAUGGCUCACUUCCACGAGAUGGUGAUGCCCUUCAAUAAGCAGCCCAAGUGGAUGUUCGGGACGAUGGAGAAGUAAGGUUCCUGGUGCUUUUGAAAGCUGCAGGCUAGAAAACCCGGAAUCCUUUCUCCUGGGUAUCAUGUCAGCGGAAAUAAAAAGAACGGUCAAACCAAUAUUUUAUGUAUGCAACUACUGCGGCAGGGUUAUUGAUUGCCAAGAAUUGGAAAAACAGCAGCGUCCCAACUAAAACAGACUGGUUAUCUAAAAUGAUGGAAUACUUCCAUCUUGCCGAACUAACAGGGAGGAUAAGAGGAGAUAUGGUACAAAAAGUGAAUAAGGAGUGUGCUGGGCCCAGGGGAAACCCUUGAAACGCAGUCCAGGACCAGUCCAGAAUCUGGAGGUUCCGCUAAGAGUCAGUCCAACAGAGCCAAGGCAGGACACGAGGCAGGAAACCAGGCAAGGACAGGCACAGGAUCUCAGGCAGGUUCAACAUUGCAAACAGCAAUGUUGCUCCCGCAACCUGGGGCAGAGUCCGACAGCCUUUUAUCUCUGUUGGGGUAACGGCCGGUCCUGAUCCCCCGGUGACUCACCUCCCUGUCUCGCCCGAAGGUAAGCGCUCCUCCUGCGAGUACUCAGGUCUCUCUUUCUCUCAGACCUCAGUCUCUGCAGCUUGGGAGACAUCGGUGGGUUACUAGACCCAGAGGCCGCCUCAGCCUCCCCUGACCCAACCGGUAGUGGAGCAGCUGUAAGUGAUGGCCCAGCUGGAGGCAAGGAGGGAAUCCCCGCAUCUGGAGCCAGGCCCCUGACUCGGCCCAGCUGGUGUUUGUUGCAGGGGAACCUGUGCAGACUGGGACUCUUCAGGAUCAGGCCCCAGACUUGGUUCAGAUGAUGCCUGAGGCAGAGGAUCCAGUGCAGACUGAGACUCCUCUGGUCCCGCGUCCCAGGCCAUCACAGCCUGUUGGGUUGUGGCUGGAGAAAGCCAGUGACUGACCGAUUCUCCUUUCCCCCUGUUGGCAGGUACUUGAGGCAGAUCUCUGAUCUGACCUUCCCCCAGGAAGCCCAGCUGCAGAAGCUCAAUAAGCUCAAGGCGUACAACUUGGAAGCGGAAAUGCGCAGCCUCAGGUGAGCGGGCAGCAGCGGGGCACAGGAUCGGGGGCCUUGGGUCAGUGCUGUGCCCCCUGGCAGAAUUAGCUAGUCCGUGAUGGGAUGCCUUGCCCCUUGCUUUCCAUCACACACACCCUGCCAAGGCAGGGUCCAUAGCUCUAAGUGGCAGAGCAGGUGCCUUGCCUGCCUCAGCCCCUCUCCUGCCAGGAGGCUUUGGGGCAGCAGUGGGGGUGGACUCCAACGCCAGAGGAAAUGGACCAGUCGUUGGACUUGAAGCAGCGACAUGCCCUUAGCCUCUGGCUGCAAGCGGCAACCGGCCUCGAAACAGGGAAGAUGCAUUUCUGGCCAAGAUAAUCACAGAAUUGUAGAGGCGGGUGGGAUCCCCAAGGGCCAUCUAGUCCAACCCCUUGCAAUGCAGGAAACACAGCAAAAGAAUCCCUGACAGCCAUCCAACCUCUGUUUAUAAACCUCCAACAAAGGAGAUUCCAACCACCUUCCAAGGUUGUCCAUUCCAUAGCUCUUGCCGUCAGAAAGUCAUUCCUAAUUUUGAGCUGGAAUCUCCUUCUUUGUCAUUUGAAUCCGUUGGUUCGGGUUGAAUCCUGCCCUGUGGAGCAGGAGAAAACUCCCUCUUGUCUCCCAUGAAUUGAUGGGGUGGAUGUGAAUAUUUUCUGUGUUUUCUUUUGGGGGGCCCUUUCCCUCUCCAAAUAUGCUCUGUUUCAGGGUGGGGGGUUCCCCUGUGCAAAGCAAACACCCUCCUCAUUCUCCUAACUCUCUUUUCUCUCUCUCUUUUCUGGAAUUUCAGGGAGCUGCUGGAGUCCACCCCGUCCCCCGUGGUCUUCUGCCACAACGACGUGCAAGAAGGUGAGGACACUGAAGUGGGGAAGGGAAGCUGGGGUGGUGGUGUGAUCUUUCCCCCAGGUUCUGGCCAGGGGCCUGUGAAUAUUGGGUGGUGCUGAGAGUCCCACUCCCCACCCCCUGAAUGAUGCUGAGAUUCCUCCCUGAAGCAGAGCGGGGCAAGGCACACUGCCCUGGCUUCCUGCUGCUGUGAGAGCAACGCAGUGCCUGCAGCCACCCUGAAUGGAAGGCCAUAUACGAAGAGCCUUGCAGCUGGAUCAGACCCAAAGGGCCCAUUGAGGCCAGUUCUGGGAGCAGAACCUGAGUUCCACAGGGCUCUCUCUCCACCUGUGACUCCCAGAAACCAGUAUCCAGAGGAAUACUGAAAGAUCCUAUUCCCUCAUAUGAACCUGACUGGGCUCUAAGAGCUUCGGGGGGGGGCAGUUUUUUCAGUCCGAUCCCCCUCACAGGCAUACUGGGUAGGGACUCAAGACAGGGCCUUAUUGGUGGCAGUUCCCAGUCUUUGGAUCUCCCUGCCUAGGGAAGCCAGAUGGGCUCCCUCCUUGCUCUCCUUCCGCCAGCAGAUGAAUACCUUCACCAGCAGAUAUAGAAUACCUACUCAGCAGAUGAAUACUGCCCUUGUUCCAGCAGGCUUUGGGGAACUGGUUGCUUUUAACGAGAGGGCUUUUUUUCUUGUAAUUAUCUUCAUGUUUUUGUAGAUCACACAGAGAGAGACAUACACUGUGCACAAUUUUUGUUGGCAUCCGUCUGUCUCAGGAUAACAGGGGCAGAAUGCACCUUUGGGAGUGAAAUCAAACCAUUAGAGAGUUACAGAUGGAGAUGGGAGAGACAUGUUUCAUUACGCAUAUGUAUUCACAUGUAAAAUGUACAUAUUAUCUAUACAGUGAUACCUCUGGAUGCGAACGGGAUCCGUUCCGGAGCCCCGUUCAUAUCCUGAAGCGAACGCAACCCGCUUCCGCGGGUCGCAUGUCACCGCUUCAGUGCAUGCGUGUGACGUCAUUUUGAGCGUCUGCGCAUGCGCGAGCGGUGAAGCCCCGAAGUAACGCGCUCUGUUACUUCCGGGUCGCUGCAGAGUGCAACCCGAAAAUGCUACUUCAACCCGAGGUAUGACUGUACCUACAAAAUAUGUGUGCGUUUAACAAUUGCUUCCCCACAAGGUUCUGUUUCAACUGAGCUGCCUUGAGUUCUUGUCGGGGGGGGGGGGGGAGUGGGAUAUAAAUAAAUAUAAUUAUAAAAAGAGAAGAAGAGUUUGGAUUUGAUAUCCCGCUUUAUCACUACCCGAAGGAGUCUCAAAGCGGCUAACAUUCUCCCUUCCCUUCCUCCCCUACAACAAACACUCUGUGAGGUGAGUGGGGCUGAGAGACUUCAGAGAAGUGUGACUGGCCCAAGGUCACCCAGCAGCUGCAUGUGGAGGAGCGGAGACACUAACCCGGUUCACCAGAUUACGAGUCCACCGCUCGUAACCACUACACAAUGCUGCCCUUGACACUGGAAGAGGGUGGCGAGCAUAGUGGCCAUGGCGAGUGGCCGCUGAUGCCUUCUCCUGCUCUUGCUCCUUCUCUCCCCACAGGGAACAUCCUGCUCCUUGCUGGGCGUGAGUCCGCCGCCUCCGACCGCCUCAUGCUGAUUGACUUCGAGUACAGCAGCUACAACUACCGGUGAGCUGGGCGUGAGGGCAGAGGGCAGGGAGGGAAGCGGGCGGCAGACAUUGGGACUUGGUCAUUCUGGACUCACAGCUGUCCAUGGAGGCACAGGUCAAUUCUGUGUCCAGGGCAGCUGUCUACCAGCUCCAUCUGGUACGCAGGCUGAGACCCUCUCUGCCCGCAGGCUGUCUCGCCAAGUGGUGCAUGCUCUAGUUAUCUCUCGCUUGGACUACUGCCAUGCGCUCUACGUGGGGCUGCCUUUGAAGGUGACCCAGAAACUACAACUAAUCCAGAAUGCGGCAGCUAGGCUGGGGACUGGGAGCGGCCGCUGGGACAACGUAACACCGGUCUUGAAAGACCUACAUUGGCUCCCAGGACGUUUCCGAGCACAAUUCAAAGUGUUGGUGCUGACCUUGAAAGCCCUAAAUGGCCUCGGUCCAGUAUAUCUGAAGGAGCGUCUCCACCCCCCAUCCCCCACACCCCCCAUCAUUCUGCCCGGACACUGAGGUCCAGCUCCGAGGGCCUUCUGGCGGUUCCCUCACUGGGAGAAGCAAGUUACAGGGAACCAGGCAGUGGGCUUUCUCGGUAGUGGCACCCUCCCUGUGGAACGCCCUCCCACCAGAUGUCAAAGAGAGAAAUAACUACCAAACUUUUUGAAGACAUCUGAAGGCAGCCCUGUUUAGGGAAGCUUUUAAUGUUUAAUAGGUUAUUGUAUUUUAGUGUUCUGUUGGAAGCCACCCAGAGAGGCUGGGGGCCCAGCCAGAUGGGCGGGGUAUAAAUAAUAAAUUAUUAUUAUUUUUUAUUAUUGGUGGCAAGAGGCCUGGCAAGGACAGCAGGGCCGAGCUUGGCACGGUGACCCCUUAACCAGGCAAGCCUCUGGAUUUCUUUGGGCCGAGGAAAAUUUGGGGGCAGGCCUGCUGCCCCACUAUCGAUGAGGCUUUUCCCCACUGUUAACGGAAAAAUCUGAGGGCUCCCUUGGACAAAAACAAAGACACCAACCAGGAUAACUUGGAGCAAAACAGCAGCCUGUAGGCUUGGUCUUUAUUGAAUACUGUCGCGACAGGACUCCCACCCCCAACAAGAUGAAGCAAAAUGGAAGCCCAGAACAAAAGAAGACCCCAACUUUAAUUAGUUACUAAUCCCCCAAACUACACCCCCAAGACUACAUCACAACUACAUCACAGAAAGGAGGGGUUGAGGGAGGAACUGUGGUCGUAACCUGAGUGUCUUGGCACCUGGCUGGUUCCCCCUUUCCCCCUCCCCGUGAGUACUUUCCAGGUGACAGAGGGGAGUUUGCAGUUUCCUGCCCCCAGAGGGAAGAGCUGAUUAUUGUCCUUUGUUCCAGUCUGUGCUGAAUCCACUCCCAUAUGCAAGUUCUUUGUGAUCUUGAUGGUCUUCCGUCUAGGACCAUCAGGGUUGGCAUAGCAACUGGGCAGGGCUCCUGUGUAUGUGCUGGUAUGCUCAAGGGAUUAUGGCUGCCCUGUAACAAACCUUCCCCAUUUUGUGGUCCUUUCUUCAUGGAGUAAAAUAAAAGUGGAACAGUGCAGAUCCAAUGUAUGGUUGAUUUUCUAUGAAUUUAUAACAGAAGCGUAGCGUAUAUAGUGUGUGAAUGUGUGUGAAGUUUGUACAAACUGAAUGAUUGGGGGUGGGUUUCCCUGCGACACCACCAUGAAAUGCUUAAAAGAGGUUUCAUUCCAUUGAGGCCCAUUGGCAAGCGUCCCACGCCCCAGCUUUGCAGCAGGCGAACUGGAGGUACCUGCCCAUAUUGGAGGGGCGGGUGUGAUCCUGGCUUGACGCUCAGCCACAGAGACCAGUGGGUUGAGCUUCACCCUCCCUCCCUCUCUCCCUGCAGGGGCUUCGACAUCGCCAAUCACUUCUGCGAAUGGGUGUACAACUACGCCCACGACCGGUGGCCUUUCUACAAAGCCAGCCCAGAAAACUACCCCAGCCGCCAGCAACAGGUAACGCCUGCCCUCUGCUUGCCACAAGGACGUGGCGCCUCUCGCUUGAAGGAAGUGGCUGUUUCUCAGUUGAUGGCCCAUUUUUGUUUCUCGUCGAAUUAUUCCAUGUUGGCUGCUUGCGCUGAAACGUCCACAGCAAAAAGGAGAAGUAGAAUGUAACAUAUGCAUUCAUAUAACAUAUGACAGAUGAAUCACAGUUUGUGAGUAAAUGUAGGUAGGAGAAUUAAUAUCAAGGCCAACAGAAAACUCUGGCUAAAAGCAGUUUGCAAUAAGUGCUCUUAACAUUCAGCUUCAUUGUGCAUCACUUUUAGUGUUAUGAGAGAAGAGGGGAAACUUUUCUCUAUUCCCUUUCUCCAUGUCAUGCAUAAUUUUGAUAAGCUUCUAUCAGGUUGCCUCUCACUCGUCCUUUCUCUAAAGUCUCAAAUACCUGAUAAUUUUGGCUGCCUUUACAUCUCAAAAGUGGUUUGCAACAAGCAUUUAGGUUCCCCAUAACUGCAUUUGAAAGCAGAUGUCUCUGUUCUGUAGUUCCUGCAGGCUUUGUGCAGGGGGCGGGGGUGUUGAUUUUUUAUUUGCGUAGUUAUAAAUAAAGCAUUAUAAUUGCUUUGCAAACCCAUUUCUAACUUACGGGACCUGCCUUUGGGUUUCCAGAAUAAAUGCCAGUAUAUCAACAGCUGGGUCCUCUGAGCAUCACUGUCUCUCCCUUACAUUUGCAUAACAUUUCGUUAUAAAUCACGGAUUACAAGAGUUUUGGUUUCGAAUCUAAUCAAGUAAUGGGUUUUUUGGAGGGUGUCGUUGUAAUUGGCAGAAACCUCUUAGGCUCUUAUACUAAGUCGCUGCUGGCUUGACCAGCCAUUGGUGCACGUUUGACUUAGCAGCUGACUCUGUGCGUUUGAAACUGGUCCGGUGAGUAGCCUUGGUGCUUCUGGAGGCUGAAGGCUCAGGGAGGCUGGAGGGCAGCCUUUUGGGGGAGGGGGGUGCUCUCAGAAGCCCCUGCCCAGAGCAGCAAGACUGCAGGAAUUUUUAUUUGAACAUUGAUUUCUGCCUCCCUCAUCUGUCACAGUUCUUUCCAAAGCACACUAAACUCCACUAAAAUACAGAAGCAGAAUUUUGGAAGAUUCGGAACAAGGCUGUCAAUAUUGUCAUGCUGUUAUGCAGUGGUAUCUCGGGUUACAGACUGACACAAUUGGAAACUGUAAGAGUCCCUGACUUGGAAACAAUUCAGCAGGAAUUGUACCAUGGGUUAAGAACUUUGCUUCAGCAUGAGAACAGAAAUCAUGCUCAGGCGGCAGCGGGAGGCCCCAUUAGCUAAAGUGGUGCUUCAGGUUAAGAACAGUUUCAGGUUAAGAACGGACCUCUGGAACGAAUUAAGUUCUUAAACCGAGGUACCACUGUACAAAAUUUUGGUACAACCACAUUCUGGUUGCCUCACCUCAAAAAGGAUAUUGUGGAGUUUGGAAAAGUUUAGGAAAGGGGGUGGCACAAUGACCUUACAAAGAUUGAUUGCAAUGUCUACGACCUUUUAGUUUAGAGAAAAGCUGGGUAAGAGGCAACACAUUAGAAGUUUAUAAAAUGAUGCACAGCACGCAAAAAGUGGGUAGAGAAAAGGUUUUUCUCUUGCCAGACUAGAACUUGUGGACAUCCGAUGAAGUUAGAUGAUGGAAGAUUCAGGGCAGAGAAAAGGAAGUCCUCCACGCAUAGUUGAACUAUGGAACUCACUGCCACAGGAAGCAGCGAGGGCCACCAAUUUGGAAGGCUUUAAAAGAGGAUUGGGCAAAUUCAUGGAGGAGCAGAGGGCUAUUGAGGGCUCCUAGCCAGGAUGGCUGUGCUCUGUUUCCAAGGCAGCAAUCCUUCUCCAUCCCAGAUGCUGGAAACCACAGGAGAGGAGAGUUGCUCUUGUGCUCAAAUCCUGCUUUCAGAUUUUCACGCAGGCGUCUGAUUGUGCCACCGUGGACAACAGGACUCUGGACUAAUUGGGCCACUGGCCUGGUCUAGCAGCCGCUUCUGUUUCUCUGAGCUGCCUCUCAGCUUCACCGUAAAGCAAUAAAUCGUCUUUUUUUUAUUUAAAGGGAAAUAUUUAUUGGGGAGAAACAGCUGUAGGUCUCCGAAAAGCACAAGCUUUUUGGUUUCCAGUGUUGCCUUUUGAAAGCAUGGUGACCUGCCCUGGGACCUUGAGGUGGUUAUAAAUCAAAUUAAGAGGAUCAGUAAUGAGCAUGUUCGGGCAAGCAGGCCAGAGCAAGGAGAUCUCAGAGAGUGGAGCAGCCUGCCCUGUCAGGACCCGGCUCUGUUCUCCCAACUCACCCUGAGGUUACUCUUUCCACAGCUGCAUUUUAUCCGCUGCUACCUGGAGGAGGCGGCUGGGAAGAAAGCGCGCCCGUCCCCGGAAGAGCAGGAGCGCCUCGAGGAGGAGAUGCUUCUGGAGAUCAGCCGGUCAGUGUCUGGGAACGCACGAAAGUCGCCUUGGGAAUUAAUAAAUAAUAGUAAUAAUAAUUUUAUUAUUUUUACCCUGCCCUUCCCAGUUCAGAAAACCGGGCUCAGGGAGGCUAAUAACAAAUUUAAAAUACUUAAUUGAUGCAACAAAAAUAAAGCAUAAAAUACAGUAUAAAACGUGAAUAACAAUAAAUUCAGAAUUCCGAAAUCAAUUUAGGGGGGAAAUCCAUCCAAUAAGCAUCCAAUAAGAUGAUCACCAGGGCUAGCUGGCUAAAUUAGUCCUAUUUGGGCCAGCGAGGAGACCAGGGGAGAAUUAGCUGUGGGAUCCCAGAGCGGGUAAUCUUCAUAAAAAAGGGAGGGGGAGGGAAGGAAGGGGAAUAAAAGAUCAGGCUAAGUUCAAGUUGAAAGCCAGGCAGAAUAGCUCUGUCUGUGGAAGGAGAUUAAAUCCUGCAGGGCCCUGGUCUCAUGGGACAGAGCAUUCCACCAGGUCGGAGCCAUCACUGAGAAGGCCCUAAUAGGGAAAGGUCAAAAUUUUGCUUUUCCAGGAGCUCAGCGAGCCUCACCAGCAGGCGAUCAGUGGUCUCCCUACGUGCCUCUUCAUAAAAGGGACAUCUAAAGAACAAGUGCUCUGGGCUUCCUGUCUCCCCUGAUGAACAGGCGCAAAGUCUCUGAGCAUAUGCUGCCCCUAUUUUAUCCUUAUAACAACCCUGUGAGGCAGGUCGGGCUGAGACAGAGAGGUAGCGACAGGCCCAGGCCCCACCCAGCGAGCUUCGUAGCCAAGUGUGGACCGUGGUCUCCUGGGUCCCAGCUCGUUUUUCUAACCACUGCCCCACAGGGAGUCAGGAAGCAUGGAUUUCCAGAGCAUCUGCUCUGUCCCUGAGCCAGCACCCCUCUAUACGAUGGAGAGAGGCCGCUUUGGACCCCCGUUGCCUCACCUCCAGCUCCUCUUCCUCCUCCUUCCCUGACUCCUCUCCUCCCCAUCUCUCUCUCCCAGAUUUGCGAUGGCCUCCCACUUCUUCUGGGGCUUGUGGUCCAUCUUGCAGGCCAAGAUCUCCACCAUCGAGUUUGGCUACCUGGUGAGUUCUUGUGUUGAUGACCUAGCAAGCUCUUCUCAUGUGAUGCUUUCAGCAAACUUCCAGUGGUUUGCGAAGGCAGGCGGACGCCUUAUGCAACAAGAGCAUCACUCUAGAACUGGGUUGGCUUCUCAUGUUCUGGGAAAGGUGGGUGCAAUGCCUGACCCUGACUCUGCCCUCCUCCCCUCCUCUUACCUCCCAGGAAUAUGCCCAGUGCCGCUUCGAAGCCUACUUCCAGCAGAAAUCUCUCUGCGAGUGA